UUCAAGUGGCUGGGAUUCAGCAUCUCCAGCACAUCCCUCUCAAAGCUUCCUGUCGGCACUGUCAGUUCUCAUCCUUCUUGCCUUUGUUGGCUUCUGGAAGCACUUCUACCUUUCUAAUCCGAGGACCCUCUGUCGCUGCAGCCACGCCUUGGGAGUUAAUAAUUACAAAGACUAAUUACUUCUGGUGCUGCUUUGCAGAGCUGAAGAUCUUUCACCUCCUCCCAAAAGCUCCCUGAAGAUAGCAAAGGUUGCAGCCAAAGACAUAAACAUCCCGGACAAAUUCUCAGACUUGAGAGCAUGGGCUUGGCCUGUGUGGUCCCCAUGGAUCCCAGCCAUGAGGCAGGGCAGGGCUGCAGGUGACACGGACACCCAGGAGAUGCUGGGACAGAGAAUUGCUCCCUGUGUGGUAUCCAGGGCAAAACCCUGCAGUGGGCACGAGGAUCACCAUGUGUGACUGUCCUGCCUCUGGUGCUGGGUCUGUCCCAGAGGCAGAGCAUGGACAAGCUGAGAGCAAGGAGGGAGCUGUGGCUGUGUAUGGAGGCUCCAAGGGUGUACAGCUGCCUGGAGGGAAACCUAGGGCAACGGCAAGCCAGGUCAGUGUUGAGGAAGAGAGCCAGAAUCCAUCCGCUGUGGGACACUGGAAGCCCCUGAUGCCAUCCAAAGGUGACAGGGAGGAGCCAGAGAGUGGAUGCCAGGAUGCUGGAGGUGUGCACGAGCCCCAGUCCACGGAGCAGCUCAACGUGUCCCGGCUGCGCAGCUCCUCGGUGGAGAUCCGGGAAAAGGGAUCAGAGUUCCUGAGAGAUGAGCUGCACAAAGCACAGAAGGAGCUGAAGCUCAAGGACAAAGAAUGUGAGAGAUUGUCAAAAGUCAGGGAACAGCUGGAGCAGGAGCUGGAGGAGUUAACAGCCAGCCUGUUUGAGGAAGCCCACAAGAUGGUGAGAGAAGCCAACACCAAGCAGGCUGCAGCAGAGAAACAGCUCAGGGAGGCCCGGGGCAAGAUUGACAUGCUGCAGGCAGAGGUGACAGCCCUGAAGACGCUGGUGAUCACAUCCACCCCGUCCUCCCCGAACCGGGAGCUGCACCCGCAGCUGCAGAGCCCUUCCAAAGCUGGCUUCAGGAAAGGCCACGGGCGCAACAAGAGCACCAGCAGUGCCAUGGUGUCAGCUGCCAGCCAGAACGUGGCUCCAGAGCCUGCCAGCCGGGAAUGCAAAGAGGUCGACUCCAUUUUAUUUGCUGAGUUCCAGGCCUGGAAGGAAUCUCCAACUUUGGACAAAUCCUGCUCCUUCCUGGACAGAAUUUACAGAGAAGAUGUAGGACCUUGUCUGGACUUCACCAAGCAGGAGCUGUCGGAGCUGGUGCGAGUGGCUGUGGAGCAGAACACCCUCACCAUCGAGCCAGUGGCUUUCCAGACUGUCCCCGUGGGCAAGGUGGCAGCAGAAGAAUGUGGUGGCCCCAAUGGCUUCCGGUCACAAAUUGUAACGAAAUGUGCCCUGAGCGGGCUCCCCAGGACCUGCAAGCACCGGAUCAUGCUGGGAGAUUCUGGAAAUUAUUACUACAUUUCCCCUUCCUGCAGGGCCAGGAUCACAGCAGUGUGCAACUUCUUCACCUACAUCCGCUACAUCCAGCAAGGCCUGGUGAGGCAGGAUGUGGAGCUGAUGUUCUGGGAGGUCAUGCGGCUCCGGAGGGAGAUGUCUCUGGCCAAACUUGGAUUUUAUCCCAGUGAGAUGUGAGCAGAGCCCUGAGCGUGGAAGGAAACUGCUCCUGGAGGAAGGGCUUGGAGUGCAGUGCCUGCCCUGCUCCCUCCCACCUCCCCUCUGCCUGGAGCAAGGAGCAAGAGGCACAAGUUCCACCCAUCCAAGUGUGACUGGAAUGCAGCUGCCACGCUGCCCCUGGAGCUAGGCUGGCCCUGGCUGCUCCAGGAUGGCCAUCCGUGGACUCUGGACUCUCCUAUAUGCUGUGUAUAUCCAUUUUUUUUAAACCUUUUUUUUAAUAUGCAGCCUGCUCUGGCAUAACCUGAGGCCUGUGCAGGAUAGGAAUUCUGCACCUUCGUUGUGAGCCAGUCUGUCAGGACAGAUGCUGGCUGUCUGUUCCACUCGUUUUUUUUGGGAUGGAGGGUGCUGUCCCCGAGGUCCUACUGACCACAGCAGCCCUGAAAAUGCCAGCAGAGCACAAUAAUCUUGAACAGUUUGUUUCCAAGUACUUCCUUGUUCCUUUUCAAGGAGCCUGUGAGAGGAGCUCGCUGCCAGCGGAGUCACAAAGAGGGAAUUGUUCCUGUUUUUAGCUGGAUGUUUGGCUCUGGGUUGUGCAGGCUGGGGAAUGGCUGGAGCUGUGCACCUGGGGCCUCCAGCAGAAGAAAGGGAGCAGGAAAUUCCCUAACUCCCAGCUGGCUGCAGGAUUUUUCCCCCUGGACUAGGGAAUCUGCUGCAGUUGUCAGAGGCAGAUGCAGGACCCUGUGACAAUCCCUGGUGUGAAGUCUCUCAUGAUGCUCCUAAACACAAACCUCACCCACAAACCACCCUUGGAGCUGUUCCUGCUCCUGAGGGAGCUUUGGGCAGUCCUGUUCCCACUCUUCAGGCAGAACCCAUGUUCCCAGGCUGGAUUCUUUGUGUCUCCAGGAGGAGCCUGCCCAGGCUGGGCAGUCCCAAAGCCCAGAGGUUCCUUCCCAGUGUUACAUCAGACCUGGAGAUGCCUGUCCACUGGGAAUCACAACUUUUCCUGGGCUGCCAUUCCCUGGUGAGGGAAUGAGACCUUUGUGUGCACAUGGGGGAUGUGGCUGAAGUUCCUGCCUGCCCCAAAAUGUGCUGGGAGGGAGGGAUAUCACUGGGGCUGUAGGAAUGCACAGGCCUGAGGUCAGACCCAGGUUUAUUAAAGCCAUGACAGUAUUUUGUAGCUAUUUUAGCCUUUUUUUCAGUGACUCUGGAAUCAGCUCAGCCAUCACUCACUCUGGGGUUUUCACUUCUGACAGGGUUGUCACCCUGUCCCUCUGUCACCCUCAGCAAGCUGGUGCCCAUCCAUAAUUCCAUCUUCUCCUGAAGGAUAUUACAGCAGGAACUCAAUUUUUUUCCACUGAGCUGCUGUAUUUUGUCUAGAGGAGAGAGCAAUAACACAGCUUUGGUUUCCCCAGCUGUGGAUUUCAGCUCAGGUGAAUUCCACCCCUGGAACUCCUCCCUGCAUCUCUUCCCCCUGUCCUUUUGAUCUCUCCAUGUCUUCCUGUGCCAUGAGCUGCUCCACUGCACAAACCUUGCAGCACUGGGAACGAGAUGAUCUCUCUGGGUAGGAGAUGUUUUGGUUUGUGGGAUAUUUUUCCCCCCUCGGUGUCACAUUGAAAAGCACUUUGAGACAGAAGGAACUGGAGCAAUGCCUUGUCUGAGGUUGUCCUGCAUUUCAAACGAAGCAGAGAGCACAAUUUGUGAAAUUUGUGAAGGAAAAUGAAGUCACUCCGUUAGCAGCGGGAUGGUUGCACCCUGCUCUUUCAUAAAGGAAAAUAAACAUUUGCUAUUAACCUCUACAA